AUGGGGUGUUGUUAUCAUCGCAUGCAUAUGGAGAAUAUCAUCAGUGUUACAAAACUUGCUAUACUAGACUGAAAGAUAAUAAAUAUCUGUUCGAAACAAUUAAGCUACUGCGAAUGGACGACGAAUUAUUCAUUAAUAGUUGAGUGAACCGUUUAAAGACAUCGAAAGCAACCAUUUGAAUGCGUCGACACGUUGACUGUAGCGGAAUGGUUGGUGCAAGUGAUUGCCGUAAUACGAUAUUUCAUUGAUUGUGUACGGAAAUCAAUGGUAGUUGCAUCAAGAAUCAUUACUGUGUAACAGUUUGAAAAUUCACGGAAAAUCGUAGAAGGGACCUAGGAAAUGCUGUGAUUGAAUGUGAAACAAGAGCAUAUGAAGAAACAUACACAAAUCAGUCGAAAGACGAUCGAUCGAUUUUCCCAAGGAUAAACAAAACAUAUAUCACAACGCGAAGUCAUCCGUAUGCCAGAUUCUGUGUAUAUGCGGCCGAUUAGUUCGUGAAGUGUUGGGAAAAUGAGUUCUGUUCCUGCGGACAAAUAGAAACUAAAAAAAAAAAAACAGAUAGAUAAAUUCGUGUACUGUACAAUGUUUACUAGCAGAUAAAAGGGAACCCGAAUUUAUUUAGUCAAAGUCGGAAAGUUUAGGCCCAAUGAUGUCGGUGCAGAUGACCCGGUACAAACAGGCACAAUUCGCCGAUGAAGACAGCAGCAGCAUCGGUUCGAUUCAAAUCAACGAAACCAGCCGGAGUCCGACGAUGCACAUCCGCUAUCACACGGCCAGAGGGACGUCGCUGUGGUACGCCAGGAGCAAAUUGGAGAAAGUGCUCCUUCUACUGGUACUCGUCUCGGCACUGACAAUCGUGGUAUUGAUCAGCUUACUGGCAACCGAGAGCACCAGGAUUUUGCACGUGCAGCCCCAUGUGGAUUCCAACAACUACAAAGACGGUACGUCGGACUCUUCGCGGCCAUGUUUGAACAAGCACUGUAUAUUCGCAGCAAGUGAGAUACUGCACUCGAUCGACAGUUCGGUUAACCCGUGCGAUGACUUCUACGCGUUUUCCUGUAAUCAGUGGAUUAAGAAUAAUCCCAUACCGGACGGCAAAUCGAUGUGGGGAACGUUUGGUAAACUCGAGCAGCAGAAUCAGUUGGUGGUCAAGAAUGCCCUCGAACGACCCGAGACCGAACUGAAGUCGAAAGCCGAAAAGAAGGCGAAACUCUACUACCAGUCCUGCUUGGAUGAGGACGAAACCAUGGAAAAGCUGGGUGCUGAACCGUUGUUGAAACUGCUCAAGUCGAUCGGUGGUUGGAAUGUGACGGCCAAUGCCAGUGGGUUCGAUGUGAGCAAAUGGUCUCUACAAAGGUCACUUCAAACUUUGCAAAUCAAAUACAAUAUGGGAGGAUUGUUCGGGUGGGCUGUUGGUGAAGAUGAUCGAAAUUCCAGUAAACACAUCAUUCAGAUUGACCAAGGUGGUCUCACGUUACCUUCACGAGACAACUACCUGAACAAAACGGCCAAUGCGAAGAUCUUGACGGCUUACCUGGAUUACAUGACGAAGGUGGCUGUUUUAUUAGGGGCUGAUGAAGCAGACGCACGUCGUCAGAUGUCGGAUAUUGUUGAGUUUGAAACUAGAUUGGCCAACAUCACUACUCCUCAAGACAUGCGUAGAGAUGAGGAAGAGAUGUACCACUUGAUGACUCUGACGACCUUGCAAGAGAAGGCUCCGUUUAUUAAUUGGCGUGAUCACUUUGAAGAGGCUUUUCGGUUGGUCAAAAGAAAAAUCACCGAGAAGGAAAAGGUCGUUGUUUAUGCUCCGGAAUAUCUGCAAAAGUUGAACGCUUUAAUUCAGGAAUAUAAUUCAACGGAUGAGAAGAAAACCAUCCUCAACAACUAUCUCGUUUGGCAAACCGUACGCACACUAACUGCAUGUUUGUCGAAAGCUUUCCGUGAUGCAUACAAAGGUCUCCGCAAGGCUUUGAUCGGUUCGGAUGGAGGAGAAGAACCCUGGAGGUAUUGUGUUAGCGAUACUACGAACGUCCUAGGCUUUGCCAUUGGUGCUAUGUUUGUUCGUGAAGUAUUCCACGGUGAUUCGAAACCGCGGGCGGAGGAAAUGAUCAAUGAAGUCCGUACUGCCUUUAAGGAUAACCUAAAUAGCCUAGUUUGGAUGGACAACGAAACGAGGCAGUUGGCUAACGAAAAAGCUGAUGCCAUUUCGGAUAUGAUCGGCUUUCCGGAUUAUAUAUUGAAUGCAGAAGAGUUAGAUAAAAAAUACCAAGAUUUGAAUAUCGAUCCGAAGAUGUAUUUUGAAAACAAUAUUAACUUCAAUAUUUACAGUUUGAAGAAAAAUUUAGAAAAACUUGACCAACCUGUUAACAAAACUCGAUGGGGGAUGACACCGCCGACAGUUAAUGCUUACUAUACACCAACAAAGAACCAAAUAGUAUUCCCAGCUGGGAUAUUGCAGCUUCCAUUUUUCGAUAUGAAAAAUCCCAAAAGUUUAAACUACGGAGCAAUGGGUGUUGUUAUGGGUCACGAGCUUACGCAUGCCUUCGAUGACCAAGGUCGCGAGUACGACAAACAUGGUAAUCUGCACCAAUGGUGGAAUAAUAAAACCAUCGAACGCUUCAAGAAACAAACUGAGUGUUUCAACAAGCAGUACAGUGUUUACAAGGUGAACGGUAAAAAUCUGAACGGCAAACAAACCAUGGGUGAGAACAUUGCCGAUAAUGGAGGCCUGAAGGCGGCCUUUCAUGCGUAUAUCAAAAGUGAGAAAUUCAGCAGCUCCGAUACGGACACUCUUCCACUUCCGGGACUGAAUAUGACUCACCGGCAGCUGUUCUUCAUAUCAUUUGCCCAAGUUUGGUGUUCGGCGGUAACCGACGAGACGACAACCCUGCAGAUCGAGAAAGAUCCACACUCUCCACCGAUGUACCGAGUGAUUGGAUCUCUGUCAAAUCUUAGGGAGUUUGCGGACACGUUCAAGUGCCCAGUGGGCUCGAGAAUGAAUCCAGAACGCAAAUGUGAGGUAUGGUAAAAGACUGUUAGGAUAGCGUGGCAACUCUUUGCUUGCUUAGUAUAAAUUGAAGAAGGAUCAAUUCCGAUGGUUGCAUGUAAUCCUGUUAAUAUACAUAUUUUAUUUACAACUCAAUGUGUACAAAAGAGAUUUACGUUUGCUGCUUCUGUUAGGUUUUAGUUUUAUAUUCUUUUUAAUGUAAAAAAAACUAUCUGCGAUGCCAAAAAAACAUUAAUCUAUGUGAAUAUCUAGUGUAGACUGCUACCUACCCCUGCUGAAAUUUAACAUAAUCCCUAAAUAUUACCGGAAUAGUGAUAGGAGAGACCUACCUACAUGUGACAGUUGAAGCUACCAGGGAAGCGUAUUGACAUUUUGAACAGUUACUAUAAAUGUGAUUCAAAUCAAAACGUGUCGUGCCGUGAGGAGUGCGCAUUUCGACACAGAUCGUCUAUUUAGUAGAAAAUUAAUAGUAAAUUAAACACACAGAGGGGUGUAACAAACGAAGGUCACGAUUAACAGAGAAUCAAAUUUUCUACGUAACAUUUAACUACUGUACCAUGAAAUCGUGUUUUAAAGUAUUUCUGAAAAGACAUUCGGUUCCUUGUGAAAAUCAGGAAACAUUCUAUUAGUGCAAUUUAUUUAGUUCUAAUGGUCUAUAUGAUUAUAUGUUUGAAUAACAAACUGACAACUUGUAAGUUGGAAGCACAAUUUAAUACGACUUGAAUAAUAAUAAAUUUCAAAAAUCUGUAUAUUGGGCAAA